UCGUGAGCCCCUAGAGCAAGCGACCUCUUUCCACACAAUGAACACGCUGCGUCUGUGCUUGAUCUUGAGGCCCAGAUCGUCCUAGGUGCAACCUGCCUUUCAGCUCCUCCUUCAAGUUUGCGUCCGUCAACGGCACGGGAUAGCGUUUUAUGCAAACUGCCGCGCCGUUGUUGGAGGCUUGAGACUGGCUCAAACCGCCACGACUGUUUCAUAGCUUAGACGUCCUUUCAGACGGCAACCGACGCAUCUCGAACCCCAAAAAGGACAACGUCUUCUCAUCAAUCACCCGACAUCAUAGAAUAGCCCGCACGAUUAGGCAGUCCUUGUGACUAGCCCGAUAGGAAUAUACCAUUUCGAUAGGAGGUACCCUGACGCGAUCAUCAGAGAAUAGCAGACAGCCAAGGAGUUUUCUGUCCGGAGUGGGAUACAGUUUCAAUUCUUGGUUGCCACCACCUUGUUGUCUUUCUCCACGUUUGCGACAUCUCUGGUGCAACACCCCCCGGGGUCAAAAUGUCCCACUCGAAGCGCAACACGUCAUUGGCUUUCUUUACCUCUCAUGAACGCUCCCUCCUCCGUUCAAGUUGGGGGACUCAAACAACCCGACUAACACGCGACUCGUUUCUCCCAUUUGGGUAUUGCCGCCUAUGUCUUGGCUAUGCGAACUCCCCUGUGGCUUGCGGGGAGGGAAACAAAGAAGCCCAUCUAUUCUGCAGGGAAUGUGCGUUGAACGAUCUCAUGGCCCAGCGAAAAGAGAUCAAACGACUAGAGAGAGAAGCCGAGAUGAGGGAGAGGGAGGAGCGCGAGGAGAAAGCGCGGGAGGAGGAAGAGAGCAGGAAAAGGGAGCUGGAAAGGUUCGAGAGGACAGCGAUGGGGUUUGCAGAUGACGGGAUCGAAUCGACGGGAAAAAAGAGGAAGAGAGAAGCCGAGGAAUUGCAUGCCCAUUCGUCGGAGCUGCAACGCAACGGCGAAGGCAGCGAGAAGAACAAGAAAACAAAAUCUUCUGAGGCGAGUUUUUGGGUCCCGGGCUCCGACAGCCUGUCUGCAUCCAACACCACGACUUCAAAAUCCAAGCAGCAAAAGCUUCACCCGCUAUGUCCGGCAUCCACGCCGGAGGAUAAACACGGCUACUCGCUGAAAUCACUCAUCACCGUCAAUUUUGCAGAGAUCGAGCCCGAAAAUAGGGCCGGCGGCGGGAAGGCGGACGAACCAACGAGGGUCUGUCCGAGCUGCAAGAAAGCCCUAACCAACACUUCAAGGCCGAUGUUGGGGACGGCAGACGGAUGUGGGCAUGUGAUCUGCGGCGCAUGCGCUGACUUGUUUCUCGUUGGUACCCGUUCCAAUGGUGUGUCGUCGAAGCGGGGCGACACAACAAAUCCGAGUAUCCUCUGCUACGUCUGUGAGGCGGAUCUGAGCGGACCAUCGCCCGGAGCUGGAGAUAGUCACGACAAGGGAGGCAAGGACAAGAAGCAGAAGCACAAGGAGGGAAAACACAGCAGUCGAAAGGUGGGCAGACUGGUCGAGAUUAGUUGCGAAGGUACAGGGUUCGCUGGCGGAGGGUCGAAUGUGGCGAAGCGGGAGGGCGUGGCAUUUCAGUGCUGAUUCAGAAUGGGCAGCUUUCAGUCUGGCCAUUCUAUGUUCCCUGCACUUUCCUGAGUGCCCUCAUAGUGCUCCGUAUAUCUGGUGGCUCAUCGGGCCUUGUCGCCGCUCCAGCAGCGCGAGUCAGGGAAUUGCAUGAGGCUGCCGGAAGCGGAUUAUCAUAAUUCUCCGAUGGGGGGAAGACUGAGCCUCAGCCAAACUUGACGUGUGCUCAAACUGCGCU